AUGAAAAUUCUAAGCUGGAAUGCGUGUGGUUUGGGGAAUCCUAGCGCAUUCAGACAACUUCGUUUGCUUGUAACUGAGCAAACUCCUCAUGUUUUAUUUAUUAUGGAAACUAAAUUAGAUUGUAAUGUAGUUACUCGUUAUCGUCAAGCUUUACGUUUUUCUAAUGGUCUAGAAGUUCCUAGGGUCGGGUUAAGUGGGGGUUUACUUUUGUUAUGGAAAGACAAUGUUGAUGUAACUCUUCUUAAUUAUAAUCUAAAUAUUUUUGACUGCUACAUAAAGUCUGAUAAUGGCCAAUCUUGGCACUUCUCUGCCUUCUAUGGCACACCUGAAACUCACAAACGAAUUCAUACCUGGACACUGCUAGAGAGAUGCAAGGAUGUUGCACCCUUGAUGCCUUGGCUCGUGAUUGGGGAUUUUAAUGAAAUACUUUCUAACGACAACAAACUUGGUGGGGCUUUACGGAAUGAGCAACAAAUGGACAAGUUUAAAUCAGUAUUGGAUACUUGUUAUCUUUAUGAACAACCUUUCGAAGGAGACCCAUUCACUUGGAUUAAAGGGCGCCACAAUGUAAAUACUAUCAAAGAACGACUUGAUUGGUGCUUCAUUAAUGACCAAUGGCAAAACAGUUUCCAACCGAUUAUAACAAAGCACUUGGACUACUACAAUUCAGACCAUCGAGCCAUUUCAGUUGAAGUACUCCCUUUGGAUACUCGAAAGAAUGAAAUUAAAAAGCUAUCAAGAUUCAGGUUCGAAAAAAUGUGGCUGUCCGACACAGCAGCAACUGAUAUCAUUCAGCAAUAUUGGAAGAAGGAUCUGCCAGUGGCACAACAUGAAAUACGGUAA